UUAAACCUGAAAGUCAGUGGGUCAGUUGAUAGCAUCCUGAAUCAGACUUUUAUUGUGAAGUCUCGGAUUCAACGAUCACAGGAAGUGCUUUCCGUUAUUCCUCGAGCUCGUGCUUCCACUACAACCAACCGACCGCGCGCUGGCUCUGCUAGCAGCGAGGAGGAGACGAGACACAGAAAUGGCGCUGACGGCGAGGCGAGCAGCAUGAAGUGCUGAUGCAUUACAUGGAGCAAAACUAACGACUGCCUGGACAACGUUGGACAAAUGACAAUGGCGUCGAAGUAGGACACCUCUUGAAACUGUCAAAACCUACAACACCUUCCGGGGAGAGUUUUCAUCUUGUCCGCGGAGAGAAUCUCACCGGGAGCAUGGCUUCUUACAGCAACCAGUACAUCUUCGGGGAGUUCAGCCCUGACGAGAUCAAUCAGUUUUUUGUGACUCCACGAUGUUAUGUUGAGCUUCCUCCAUUCAAUGACAAAGUCCCAUGUGUCAGUCAGUCUUCUGGAAGUUACUGCACUCCUGCUGUACCUUAUAUUAUGGAGUCAAUGGGACUGCAGGUUUGCGCAGAAGACUAUCAGCACAUUGAGUUUGGUGUUGAUGAGGUGAUGGACUCCAAGCCUGGCGGGGGGAACGAUCCUUUAUUCAAGGUGUCCAGCACCCUCAACCCCCAAGCUCCAGAGUUCAUCCUGGGCUGCCCGUCGACCCAGAAGACCCAACAGACGGCUCCUUCAGAGGCCGACGACCCCGAUGACACCCACUUCAACUCCCUGGACGGCCCGGACUCUGAGGCCUCGGCUCUGGACAAUCACCAAGCCUGCCAGGACAUGGACGGACUCCCUGGCAGUUUGGGCCAGAGAGAGAGGAAGAAAAAGAAAAAACGGCCUCCAGGGUAUUACAGCUACCUGGACCCGUCGGCGGGUGGCGGCAACAACAGCAGCAGUGCAGCAGACGGGACGCCUGUGACAGCACUGGUGAACGGACAUGCACUUGGUGGCCCGCACCAUAGUCCUGAAGAUGUGGACGGUAAGGCGUUGUCAGGGGCAGAACUUUCCACCCCUGGACCUGUUUCUUCAGGAACAUCAACAGCUGCUGUGGCUGCAGCCAAGUUUGGGUCUACAGCCACUGCUAAUCAGAGGACUUGUGAUAGCCCUGAUGACUCUUCUUUGGACUUAGCGGUUGGAGCAGCCUCUUUAUCAGAUGGCAACAAUGCAACUUCUUCCUCUUCAUCCUCCUCUCAAAGCAGAGGGAUGACAGAGGGACCAAGGACUGCAGAUCAGCAGCCAGAUCAUUUGGCUCCUCAGAGCCCCGAACUCUCAGAUACUCCACAAAGCCCCCGCUCUAAAUCACCUCUUCCUCCUUCAGCUGCUGUGGCCGACCCCUCUGUAGCCACAUCUAUUACGACUACUGAACUGGAGGCGGGGGACCUAGCAGACAGUGCAGUGGCAAACGGGCUAGCAGAGCCUGAUACUCCUGUCAGUGCAGACGAACACAAAGAAGACUGUGAGAGUGGGGAUCAGGCUCAGCAGGUCUCCCCAGACUCUGCUGCCCAGUCAGCAGUGACUGAGCAGGUCAAUACGCCUGCAAUUCCAGCUGCACCCACUGCCAACCUCCCCAAAUCUUGGGCCAGCCUCUUCCACAACUCCAAGCCUCUGCCUGGGGGCCCUCAGGCCUUUGUGGAGGUGAAAAAUGUUGUGGAAGUGGUGUCCCCUGCCCUCCCCACGCCAGAGCAGCCUGAGAAAAUUGGGGAGGUCAAAGAAAACCCUGUCCACGUAUCAGAGGAUCCUAUGGCCCCUAAACUUGCAGAACUUAUAGAGAAUGUGAAGUUGAUACAUAAACCAGUGUCUUUGCAGCCGAGAGGACUGAUCAACAAGGGAAACUGGUGCUAUAUCAACGCUACCCUACAGGCCCUGAUUGCGUGUCCUCCCAUGUAUCACCUGAUGAAGUCCAUUCCUCUGCAUAAUGAAACACAGAGACCAUGUACCUCUACACCCAUGAUGGACAACUUUGUAAGGCUGGUGAAUGAAUUCAACAACAUGCCUGUGCCAUCUAAAGCCAAACAGCAAGCUGUUGGUGAUAAAGUCAUGAAAGACAUUCGGCCCGGAGUACCAUUUGAGCCGACCUACAUUUACAGACUCCUCACUCUAAUCAAGUCGAGCCUCUCGGAGAAGGGUCGACAAGAGGAUGCGGAGGAGUAUCUCGGCUUCACUCUCAAUGGAUUGCACGAGGAGAUGCUGGCAUUGAAAAAACUAAUCUCGCCUCAGGAAGAGAAAGCUCCCACGCCCAACGGGCCAGAGUCCCAGCCAGGUGUGGAGGAAGAUGAGGCCGAUAAGGAGGAAGAGGGCAGCGAGGACGAGUGGGAGCAAGUUGGCCCCAGAAACAAGACUUCCAUCACUCGCCAAGCCGACUUUGUACGCACACCCAUCACUGAUAUAUUCGGUGGACACAUCAGAUCGGUGGUUUAUCAGCAGAAUUCUAAAGAGUCGGCCACUCUGCAGCCUUUCUUCACCCUACAGCUGGACAUCCAGUCAGAGAAGAUCCGCACUGUCCAGGAGGCUCUGGAAACCCUGGUGGCACGAGAGUCGGUCCAGGGCUACACUUCUAAAACCAAGCAGGAGAUUGAGAUCAGUCGGAGGGUAACUCUGGAAGAGCUGCCCCCUGUGCUCGUGCUCCAUCUCAAGAGAUUUGUGUUUGAGAAGACUGGAGGCUGCCAGAAACUGACCAAGACUAUUGAUUACCCCGUUGAUUUGGAAAUCAGCAAAGAUCUUUUGUCCUCUGGAGUGCGGGGCAAAGUCGUGAAAGGCCAAAGAACUUACAGGCUCUUUGCAGUUGUCUAUCACCAUGGGAACAGCGCGACAGGCGGUCAUUACACCACAGAUGUCUUCCACAUCGGUCUUAACGGCUGGCUGCGCAUUGACGACCAGAUAGUGAAAGUCAUCAGCCAGUACCAAGUGGUGAAGCAGUCUGCAGAGCGCACCGCCUACCUGCUGUACUACCGCCGCGUCGACCUGCUGUAGUCACAUACACACACACAACAAUCACACACACACACACACAAUCACACACACACUGACACACACACAUCCCUACAUACAUGCAAGAAUACCUGAAUACAUUCACAAACGCCCACAGAACAUACACGCUCCAAACGCACUUGUUGACAGUACAGUACAUCUCCACACCACACAAACACACACCAAACUAAUGAACAGGAACACUGCCCAACUUGUUCUCUUGCAAGAUUUUCCUCUUCUUCCCCCCUGUCCCUGCUUUCCUGAAAACCAGCUUUUCCAACACCUUUUUCCUUGUAUCUUUUUUUCUUUUUGGAAGAAGAGAAACAAGCUGCAUUCACAAAGAUUUCCCUGUGACUGCGCUCUCUUCUCUGUGCACCACUGCUGUUUUUUUUUUUUGUUCGUCCUUUUUUUGUUAACUUUUAAAGCAACAAGGAAGGACUGUUGAAUAGACAGAGGGGAGGGUUGGGGUUACAAGUUUCAGACCUAAGACCUCACCUCUGCUUGAGCCCGGCGCUCGGCUCAGAUAGCAAACAGUGGACUCACAAACAGGAAGAACUAUCUGCCACAGGCUGCAAAGUGGACCGCUGGCGCAAUUUUGUUUGAAUUACCUUUUCAAGGAAACGACCCAGAAAUAUCAGUGUUUGCCUUUAAGCAAAGGAGAACUGUUGGCCUAAUGAAUUUGCAGCAGUUAAAAAAAAAGCCUGAUUGAAUCUGCCCAUGUGCAUCGAGAAGGCCCAGCACCAGCAUUAUCAUGAGUGUCUCUUCCCAAAGGCCAGAUCGUCGUCUUCUCUGCCACCAACACGAACAACUCCUCCUCCAUUUCCUCACUUUUAUGAUGCUUUUAAAUCUAGGUACAACUUGAGCCAUCAAUAACAGGGGGCAAAUAAAGUCAGUGGUACAUUGAAUGGAUUGAACCGCUUCCUUGUUUGAGAGAGUCUUGUUAUGGUAUCUGGGUUUAGAUUUAGAAAGACUAUCUAAAAAAAAGAAAUAUUAAUGCGCUUUAGGAUUUAAUAACAAAUAAGCUUCUGUGCACAAAGUAUAAACUGAUUGAUGAUUACAAUAUGACAGGCAAAUGCAUAUUUUGCAGAUAUUUAGAUUAAAAUGUAAAAAAAAAACCUAAAAAAAAAAAAGACUAAAAAUAUAAGAUCUAGCUGACUGAAAACUCGUUUGGGUCCUGGAGGACUGCGCUAGUUUUUGACUCAGUUGUUGCACUGGAGAGAUGGCUACCAAUCAAGACAGAUUCCACUGCAAAACCUGCCCUUGUUUACUUUGUACAUUUCCUUCUCUAUCCAUUCAUUAUUUUUGUCUUUACUUGUCUAAAGGUUCCACCUGUGUAAAGGUGGCUUAGCAGUUUAGUUUUGAGCCACACCACCCCCCUUACCCCCAACUCAGCAGAAAGCGGGGGCUGCCUUAGGUUCAACGUGUGAUGUUUUUCCACUCAGUGUACAGAGUCUAACCCUAAUCAGGCACCAACAGCAAGUCUAAUGUCUGUGAAGAGUUAGGGGAAUGUACCUGACACCUAUGUAUUUACUCUUUUGUGGCUCUGUGUUUCCUCCCAGUCGAGGGAAACUGAGCAAUGAGGGGAAGUGGGACUACAUCUGUGCUACGCUUGUCACAAAAAAGACCCCGGACAUAUGCACAAAAGGAGAUAGUGUUUGCUUUUGUUGAAGAUUUUUGGAUCAUUCAUUGAUUGUGAUGAUUUUGUCUGAGUUACUAAACGAUGUUAGCUUUUUUUUUUUUUCUUUGUCAUUGAUCAUGUAUCAGAUGUCCCCAUGUUCUUGCCCCCACAGAAAAAAAUACUUGCAUUUGAAUUGGUGUUUGAAAAGAAAUUACACAGGCUAAAGCACAACAAUGAAUAAAAUCAAACUAGUUCCUUUGCUUGAUAUUUAUUUGGAUUUUUCAUUCUUUUCAUAUAUUUUUUGCUUAAAACUCAUUUCAUUCCAACCACCAGUGUCUGAUUCUCAGUAUUAAUACGUAACAAAUUAGAGUCAUGAUUUUGGCCUUUGUACUUUGACUUACAACCAUAAGAAGUCCCCUUUAAGUUUGGUGGUUUUUACACCUUUUCAAAAAAUAAGUGAUGGUUUUGUUUUUGUAGCAGUGCAACUCAUUUUGCUCAAACAGCUUUCUCCCUUACAGCUGUGGAUUGCCAAUUCCUGAAGACUGAUCAUAUUUUGUCGUUCAAUUUGAAACUAAGUUGAAGUCUUGAGUUUGACAGAAACACCACCUCCAGUUUUAAAGUGGUUUUAUAUUUUCUGUAACAUCUUGGUGUGGUGCACAGCCUCAAUUGACUUCUCCUCUGGGUUUAAGUUCAGAAAGCUUCCCCAGAUAAACCAAAGGACAACAUUACACAGGCCCUGCUGCCUUUCACUCAGUAUGUAUCACACUUUAUUUGCCUUUUCCAUCUGAGGUCUUGUAUCCAUGUCCACCACUCAUUCCACUCAAGAAACAGAGGCAUGCCAUCUAGACAGUCACUUUAACCCCAUCAUCCAUAAUAAUCCUCUGAUAGUUCUGUUGUGCUGCAGGCUUUGUAGUCAUUUCUGCACAAAUUGUUGAUAUUAAUUUUUCUUUCUUUCCCCUUUGAAUGUUUGACAGUUGGGACUUGAAACAGACACCUUUCUGUUGUAAAGUUUCUCUCAGUCUGUUACGGCUGGUCAGGAAAUGCGCUGGUGAAAUGCUUCAAUAAUGUCUCUCUUUUCAGUAUGUGCUCCUAACACUAUUGUCUGCUGGGAAAUGUUGGGAUAUUGAACUACAAACAAAAAUCUAUACUGUCUUUUAAUUUUAAGCCUCCAGCAUUCUAUUUUGUUAAUUGUUCAAAUAAAGGAUUGUGCAAAAAGCAGUUUGCUAAUGAAGUGUAGGCAGACUACUUGGCUUUCUUAUAAUACAGUAUAUACUGAAACCAUCUGCAGUCUCUGGACUGGCCUACAGAACAAUGUGCACAAUAAAACAAAAACUAUC